AUGGACUUGGAGAGCAAUCUGACGGCGGAGGCACCGAAAGGGAAGAAAUGUGGUGGAGGUGUUGGUAUGCGGUGCAGUGCAGUGCAGUGUGGUGUGGUGUGGUGUAGUGAGUGGCGUGGUGCUGUGCUGUGCGCGGUGGUGGUGGUAUGGUGCGGUGGAGGUGGAUGUGCAGUGGUGCUGACGGUGGCUGUAUCGGUGGAGGUGGAUGUACAGUGGUAUGGUGCUAACGGUGGCUGUGUCGAUGGGUGCGGUUGUGGUGCUGUGGAUGCGAUGGUGGUGUCCCGAUCUGUGGUCAUGGUGGUGACUGAGACUUGUGAGCAACAGAAGUAUUGGUUAAUGCCGAAGAUGGACUUGGAGAGCAAUCUGACGGCGGAGGCACCGAAAGGGAAGAAAGUGCGAGGAAAUGAGCAGAAGAUGGCGAUUGCGAUGGUGUUGCAAGAGACGGGAGAGGUGGCAACGAGACUACUGCGACGGCUUCGUCCUUGCAGCGAUCUGCGAAGCUCCCUUGGUGGUGGCGACGGUUUAAUGGUAUUGGUGGCACUGGUGUGUUGGGUUUUGUUGGUGGUGGCAGCGGUGCAUCUAUAUAGGGUGGGCUGUGUUGAUAGCGGUGUGAAAGGCAAGUUCGUCCAAAAAGGUGAAAACCACUUAAUUCUUCCAAGUUUAUGUGACUCAAAGGUCCUCUUCCAAAAUGAUUGUCCUGCCACUUUACUUGCUAGAGUGAUUGGAAUCAUAGGCCCUGUCGACCAAGAAAUGCUUGCAAAAGGACGAGAGACAUACAAAUAUUUCACCAAAAAUCACAUGCUGUAUGAGAAGAACCAGUCAAGAAAUGACUUCACCAACAAUGGUCACAGCGAAGAAGAUAGAGAGACGAUCUCCAAUGGAAGCGCUAUCCAACGACGGAGAUCAUCAACCAAUUUUCAUCCUCAAAAAUCAAGUAAUAUCCAUAAAUCUAAAGGAUUUCAGAUGGGGGCAUUUAUAUCGAAGUUCUGGUUCAUGAUGUUCCCUGCCAAGGAAUACAAGAUCGUGAUUGUGGGGCUUGACAACGCUGGCAAAACGACGACGCUUUACAAGCUGCACUUGGGAGAGGUAGUUACUACGCAUCCUACUGUUGGAAGCAACGUCGAGGAGCUUGUCUACAAAAACAUACGAUUCGAGGUUUGGGAUCUUGGUGGGCAAGAUAGACUCCGGACGUCAUGGACAACAUAUUAUCGUGGGACGCAUGCGGUAAUCGUAGUGAUAGACAGCACUGAUAGAGCUAGGAUCACUCUUAUGAAGGAUGAACUAUUUAAGCUGCUUCCACAUGAGGAUUUACAAAGUGCAGUUGUACUCGUCUUCGCAAACAAACAGGAUCUUAAGGAUGCCAUGACGCCUGCUGAAAUAACCGAUGCACUAUCCCUCCACAGUAUCAAGAACCAUGAUUGGCAUAUUCAAGCUUGCAGUGCUCUCACUGGCGACGGUCUGUAUGAUGGUUUGGGAUGGAUCGCACAGCACGUCACUGGGAAAGCGCCAAGCUAG